AGAGAGGUGUGUGUGUGUAAGAGAGAGAGACAGGGAGAGGUGUGUGUGUCUGAGAGAGAGAGAGAGAGAGAGAGAGAGAGAGAGAGAGAGAGAGGUGUGUGUGAGAGAGAGAGAGAGAGGGAGAGAGCGGUGUGUGUGUGAGAGAGAGAGAGAGGGAGAGACUCAGUCUCACACAGAGCGGUCGGAUUUCUGCACCCCGUGUUUAUUAAUUACAGUGUAAAAGGCUUUAAAAACCUCUGACGCAAACCAAAAGCUGUUUGUUGUUAUAAAUAAAUGUGGAAGAGUUUCGGCCUGAGGGUGAAAUAUAAAGUGUGUGAGCUGCAGACAGAAAGGAAUACAACUUUGGGUUCAGAAAGCGGAGGAAUUCUCUCAGGAAAGUUCAAGAACAGUUGCAGGGCUGCUCGUCUCCCGCUGUGAAGACAGCGACCCUGAACCAGCGAGAGGAGAUCACACUGAGAACACACACUGAAGUCGCCAGGAUGGCUGGUCUCUCAUCAGUCUGGAUGGGAGUGGUAGGGAUGCUGUCGCUGUUCUGUCUGCAUGGCGUAAAUUGCAUGAAGGAAAGCGUCCCCAGGGUCAAGCUCGGCUAUAAAGAACUGCUUCACUCAGGCAGUCUGGUGCCGUUUGUAGGCGCCGGUGAAGGAAUGCAGUUUCAGACAUUCCUGUUAGAUGAAGAGAAGAGCAGAUUGCUUCUCGGGGCCAAAGAUCACAUCUACCUGCUGGAUCUAGACAACAUCAACAAGAACCCUAGAAAGCUGAGCUGGCCAGCUCCCAGAGACAGGGUGGAAAUGUGUAUCCUGGCUGGUAAAAACCCUCUCACUGAAUGUGCCAAUUUUGUUCGUGUUCUGCACAAUUAUAACCGUACUCACGUCUACACAUGUGGCACUGGAGCCUUUCAUCCUACAUGUGCUUUCCUGGAGGUCAGGGGCCACAAAGAGGUAAAGGGUGGUGGGCUUCACUUGAUCAGCAGCAGUAUGGAGUCAGGCAGACUGAAAUGCCCUUUCGACCCUCGCCAACCUUUUGCUUCAGUACUUACCGAUCAGUACCUGUAUGCUGGAACAGUGUCUGAUUUCCUGGGAAAGGACAGCAUGUUUAGUCGCUCUCUGGGUCCUCCUCCAGACCAGCACUACAUCCGGACAGACAUCUCAGAGGACUACUGGAUCAAUGAGGCCAAGUUUAUAGCUGCUCAUCGUAUCGCAGACACUUACAACCCUGAUGAUGACAAGAUUUACUUUUUCUUCCGCGAGGCAUCCCGGGAAGGGAGCACCAUGGACAAAGCCGUGCUAUCCCGCGUAGCCCGUGUCUGUAAAAAUGAUGUAGGGGGUUUGAGAAGUCUAACCAACAAGUGGACAACGUUCCUCAAGGCCCGACUUGUGUGUUCCAUUCCAGGAACAGAUGGUGUGGAUACACACUUUGAUGAGCUCCAGGACAUCUUUAUGGUUCCAACUAGAGAUGAGAAAAACCCCAAAGUGUAUGGCGUCUUCACCACUACUAGCUCUAUCUUUAAAGGAUCAGCAGUGUGUAUGUACAAUAUGGAUAACAUACGUGCUGUAUUUAAUGGGCCUUAUGCCCAUAAAGAGGGACCAGAUCACCGUUGGGUGGAAUAUGAGGGGAAAAUCCCCUACCCAAGACCUGGCACGUGUCCAAGUCGCACAUAUGACCCACGGAUUAAGACCACGAAAGAUUUCCCAGAUGAUGUCAUUAGCUUUAUCCGCAUGCACCCACUCAUGUACCACUCUGUGUACCCGAUCACUGGUCGGCCCAUCUUCACGAGGAUCAACACCGACUACCGGCUCACGCAGAUCGUAGUCGACCGUGUAUCUGCUGAGGAUGGCCACUAUGCUGUCAUGUUCCUGGGCACAGAUGCUGGUUCAAUUUUAAAAGUGGUCAGCAUCACACAGGAAAACUGGGCUGCAGAAGAGGUGGUAUUAGAAGAAUUACAAGUGUUCAAGAAUCCGUCUCCAAUCCUCAGCAUGGAAAUCUCUUCUAAACAGCAGCAGCUGUUUGUUGGAGGGUCAGACAGCCUGGUGCUGGUGGCUCUGCACAGGUGCCACAUUUAUGGUCAGGGCUGCGCAGAAUGCUGCCUGGCCAGAGACCCAUACUGCGCCUGGGACGGCUCUCACUGCUCCAGAUAUAUACCUGCAUCCAAGAGGAGGGCUCGCAGACAGGACAUCAAACACGGAGACCCAUCCAGCCAUUGCUGGGAUGCAGACGAUGUGUUGGGCAAGAAUGUAGAGGAGAAGGUGCUGUAUGGUGUGGAGAAUAACUCCUCUUUUCUGGAGUGUCUGCCUAAAUCCCAACAGGCCCAGAUCCGCUGGUUCAUACAAAGACCAGGAGCAGACCACCGCCAAGAGAUCAAAGAGGAUGAGCGGGUAUUGGUAACAGAGCGAGGUUUACUAAUUCGCUGGGUGCAGCGUAGUGAUAUUGGUUUAUACAUGUGCACAGCUCAGGAGCACAGCUUCACCCGCACACUCCUCCACCUCUCGCUUAGAGUACUAGAGCGCAGCCACCUUCCCGGGCACCACUCAGCCUCCAACAGACCCCCUGAUCACUCCAUUCAGGACAUGACGUCUGAGUUGCGGCACAGUUAUAAGGAUUAUGUACGUUCUAGGAGCACACCUUCUCUGGAGGAGUACUGUGAAGUGUUAUGGCAUAAGGAGAAAAAGCAGAGGCAGAAAGCUAAGUGGAAACACGUCCAGGAGCUCCGUAAGAGCAGGAACCGACGGCACCACCAGGGGGCCGCCAUCUGAGUGAACGGUACUUGGAAGAGCAGAUAGGGGAGGGAGGGAUAAUAUAACAGCAUUGGUCUGUGGAUCAAUGUCCAUGGCCCAAAUCUAAUCUAUUUCAACUAUUUAAGGGGUGAAACAGAUCCUCUUAGAACGGGCGCUCUGGCUGUCAGGGUGUAGAAGCAGUAUCUCGACCUGCCAUCAGGGCACAACAAAGAGACACUCAAGUAUGAAAUUGCCAAAUCUACAACAGCUGUGUCAGAGAAGAAUAGGUUCCACUUGCAGACCUACAGCAGAAAUGUUCCGCUCAUGGACCUAUCUAGUAAGUUCACUACAUCUCCAGAGAAGCAAGAGGAUUCCCAAACACAAUGCUUUAAAAUGUAACCAGGAAUGAAAAAUGCAUUCAUGUUGAAUGACUGUAAAUAUAUGUUUUGUACAGCAGAUUGUGCAUGCAGUAGAAUUGCUGACUGAAUUGUUUUCAGAUUAUGGCAGUGUUCACACAUCAGGGCAAAUCCAGUCAUCCAUUAUCUGUACCAGUUAUCCUUCACGGUCACAAGGGAAGCUGGAGCCACUCUCAGCUGCCUUCGGAGAAGAGGCAGGGUACCCCCAGGGGUGGGGGUGGUGUGUUUGCCAAUAGAAACGAACAACCACUCACACUCACACCUAUGGGCAGUUGCUGGGUUUCACGUGACGUCACAUCCGCCUCAUUAGUUAUUUAAAACUUUAGCUGGUGGUCUACCAAAGCUCAGUUGACAAAGCGUUUGUACGGAGAAGGUGCAUCGCUCGCAUGAAAAAUGCUUUACGCUUGCGUUGUUUUAGGUUGUUCAAAUCAAUCAAACCAUGAAACUGAUAAAAGUUUCUUCAGGGUUCCUCAUGAACUAAUAAAAAAGGGUGAACGAACACAGGAUUUCACAAAAAGACGUCGAGAAAGGCGGCUUUUGAACCUCUCACUGAAAUCGAAGGGAGCCGAGUCGAAGCAUGUUCGAGUUUACAGCGAUCACUUGGUGAAAGGUUUGUUUCUCCUUCUCAGCUACGUCCUUAGUGUUUUCCAAGUACUUUUCUUGCUAUGUGUCGUUAUUUUACGGUACUUUUUUUUAGUCACGAAGCGCUAAAGUCCCCAGCUGUUUCUUUGUUCAGUCCUCACUCCUCACAAAGUCCGUAUGCAUGAAGGUCGCGACAAAAUUCUUCCCCGGCCAUACAGUUACAAUGCGCCAUGAUCACUUCUCCGUCUUGUUUAACUAAGCUCCAGGUCUUUAAAGGGGUUUCUGAUGAUCUUUGUGAAUGAUUUACCUGAGAGAUAAGAGCCAACACAAGUGAGAAUCAAGCGAACUGUUGUUUGUUUACACUUCAACUUGCAGCGCUUCGUUGUGAAGACGUGAAAGAAAAGCUUUUAAAAAAACAUAGACAGGCAAAAACAAUACAGAAUUCAUUCAGCAGCGACUUGAUAGCAAGGUCCUUUACCCAGCCACAUACAAAAAAGUUAUAAGCCUCCAUACUCUUCCACACUUUCAUCUGUUUUGCGGUGUAGAAGGACGUCUGCAACACCAGAUAGUUCGAGAUGUCGGGGAACUCGACUGAAGGGUAGUUUUCGAGAUCGUAUGACAAAUUCUUCUUUCCCAGACUGUAGGGGUCGAUUCCAUUGCACAUAACAAUCUUCUGAAUAUAUCUAACGCGAGCAGUGGCUUCUAGAUUACGAGCGUACUCUGAUAAGUUAUCGCUAGUUGUUUGCACUACAGCAGCUGUUUCGACCACCAGCUAUUUCACUUCUGCUAAAACCGCUAAGAAAAGUCACGUGACUGAAACCCAGCAAUUUAGAUCAGCCAGCUGAUUUAAUCCACAUGUCUUUGGACUGUGGGAAGAAACCCAUGCAGGCACAGGAAGUGCAUGCAGACUCCACACAGAAAGACCCCAUUAUUGACCACGAGGUUCAAACACAUUAUUUUCUUGCUGUGAGGCAACAGUGCGAACCACCACAUCACUGCAAAAGUGAUUAAAUCUGAUUUUUUUUUUUUUUGCUUAGACUAGACAGGACGGCACAGUGGCACAAUAGGUAGUGUUUCCUCUCUCACUGCUCCAAUGUCCCUGGUUUGAUCCUGAACUCAGGUUACUGUCUGUCUGUCUGGAGUUUCAAGUGUUUCUCCCACGUCCUUGUGGUUUUCCUCAGGUCUCUCCAGUUUGCUCUAAAAAACAUACUGGUGGGUGGAUUGGCUAUGCUAAAUUGCCCCUAAUAAAUAAAUAAAUGGCAUGUAUUGUUAUGAACUGAUCCCACCCAGGGUGUAUUCUCAUCUAGCAUUCCUGGAACAGGCUCCAAAUCUAUUGUGAUCCUGACCAGGAUAAAGCGCUUACUGAAGAUGAAUGACGAAAAGAAAUUUCAACUUUGGACGGGUUAAUCGGAUGUGCAUAUUCAAAACAUUUUAUCUGAAAUUUUAAUUCCAUUUGAAAGUACUUACAAAUGUGGCCUGAAUCUGAUUGGAAAAAUACAUGGUUCAUGUGCUUUUGCUUAUCAGACUGCAGAAAAUUUUCCUGUGUAAACACAAAAAAAAAUGGACUUGACUGCCUGACUGUCUGAAUACAACCUAAUAUGAUAAGCAACAUUAUAAAGGUUUGGUAGAAAAAAGUAUCAUAUUUCUGUAUAUUUCCAUUGUGUCUUUUAUAGCUAGUUUGUUUACAGUAUAUUUAUAAUUACAACACAGUUGGAAUAAACUCUUUCUUUUGAA